AUGGCUUCCAACGAGCCUCCGUCGUACGAUCAAGUAAUAGCGGAGAAUUAUACUUCGCAUUAUGCUGCUAAUGAAAAUACAUCACAAACGCAACCAUCUGCCCCAACCAUAGCAGGAGCAUCAACAACAGCAGCACCAUCGGCCUCCUAUCCGCGACAGGAAUACAUGCAACAGCAACCCAUCGUCACAGCCCACACGUACGUAACUCCCAUUGCUGGAACAGUGCCUUACUACGGAACGAUGGACGGAAGCAAGGGUACCGUACCGAUCAUACCGCAAGUAACCAUACAAACUGGACCACCGCCACGUCCGGAAAUUAUCAACCAACAGAUAAUUGUCGUAAACGGAUGCCCGGUAUGCCGUAUCGGUAUGCUGGAAGAUGAUUAUUCCUGUUUGGGAAUAUUUUGCGCCAUUUUCUUCUUUCCACUCGGUAUACUGGCGUGUCUGGCACUGCGUAACCGACGCUGCACGAACUGUGGCGUACAGUUUUGAGACGAUUGUUUAGGGUACUCUGGAAACAUUUCAAAUCAUUUCUACCAACAUAUAUGCGAAAG